CAGGAAGCGGGGCCUGCGGAGCAGUGGCUAGGGGGCUAGGACGCCCGGAGCUCCCCGGAGGUGAAGUUAAACAUGACAGAAACAGAUGGCUUCUACAAAAGUAGGGACGUGUUUGAUCCUGCAGAACAGUACAAGAUGGACCACAAGAGGAGAGGAGUCGCCCUGAUCUUCAAUCACGAGAGGUUCUUCUGGCACCUGACACUCCCAGAGAGGCGGGGCACCAGUGCAGACAGGGACAACCUGACUCGAAGGUUUUCAGAGCUAGGCUUUGAAGUGAAAUGCUUUAAUGAUCUCAAAGCGCAAGAACUACUGCUCACAAUCCAUGAGGUGUCGAACUCAAGCCAUGUGGAUGCCGAUUGCUUCCUGUGUGUCUUCCUGAGCCACGGUGAAGGCAACCACAUUUAUGCAUAUGACGCCAAAAUUGAAAUUCAGACAUUGACUGGCUUGUUCAAAGGAGACAAGUGCCAGAGCCUGGUCGGAAAACCCAAGAUAUUUAUCAUUCAGGCCUGUCGGGGCAACCAGCAUGACGUGCCAGUGGUUCCUCUGGACGUGGUGGAUCAUCAGACAGACGUGCCAGACAACGUAACACAGGUGGAUGCUGCCUCCGUGUACACGCUGCCUGCCGGGGCAGACUUCCUCAUGUGCUACUCUGUUGCGGAAGGGUAUUACUCUCACCGAGAAACUGUGAAUGGCUCUUGGUACAUCCAGGAUUUGUGUGAGAUGCUGGCGAGGUAUGGCAGCUCCCUAGAGUUCACGGAGCUGCUCACGCUGGUGAACAGGAAGGUCUCUCAGCGCCGCGUGGACUUCUGCAAAGACCCAAGUGCAAUCGGCAAGAAGCAGGUUCCCUGCUUCGCCUCAAUGCUGACCAAAAAGCUGCAUUUCGGUCCCAAAUCUAGUAAGUAGGCCAUUGGUCUCGUCUACAUGUAUUUCACACUCAUUCUCCUCUAUGCAGCUGUCUGUUGGUUGAAGCGUUUACAGUACAUCGAUGUAAAUGGUUUCAAGGUUUAAGAUACCAUGGAAAACUGCUGUUUUGUAGUUGUCCAUUUUUAAUCAUGCUAGAGAUGAUGAAAGGGCUAAAAAAUCCUCAGGAAAUUACUAUGUGUAAAAAAUGUCUCCUAGCAUUUAUUACAUUUGCAGUGAACUGCAAGAUUACCCAAAAUACCAGCCAGUUUGCCUUAAAUUUAUACAAGUUUAUUGUAUAAUGUUCUUAAAGAUUUUUGAAACUCAGAAUGAGAUUGUUUUCAUUUAAUAAAAUAUCUAAAACUUAUAGCUUACAUAAUUUAUAGUGACCUAUUUUACUUGGUCGUGUAUCUGUUUAUUGUCUUAUUUACCUAUAAUUAAGGUAUUUUGUAUAUAAAUUUAAUUCCCAUUUUGGAAAAAAAAUAAAUGAACCUUAAAGAAUUA